CCUACGAAUCGAGAUUCCGCUCUCACAAUCCUCUCCUAUAAAACAAUGAACUUGAGGUAGCCAAGCCAUUCCACAAUUUGGUCCACGACGGACCCCAAUCCAAAGUUACCUAUCUGCCUGACUCCUCAGGUGUAUAACUUACUUAUUACCUUAUUUAAGUCUGGAAAUAACCAGCCCCAAACACGAAGAAGAAGGAGAAGAAUAUAGGCACGAGUAAGAAGAAGAACAAGUAGAAUUUAACGACCUAGAGCAACAAUCAUGGACAACUUGAGUACCACUUGGGAUACUCACCUCCACGCGAAUGGAGCUCCAAGAAUGAGCUUCCAAGCCGAUCUACCCCCCUCGGGGGACUACCCGCUCUUCAUCGAGAUGGCCCAAUUCUCCAGCACGGCGCUCUCCGAGGAGUGGCGCGAGGCUGCGAGAUGGGUGAAAUACGAGGAAGAUAUCGAAGAGGGUGGCCAAAGAUGGAGCAAACCGUACGUGUCCGCGAUCCAGCUCAGCGCUUGCAACGAGCUGCGACGCAUCCUAGAAAAUGCCGAGGUUCACCUUGACUUUGAGUGCGACAAUGAAGAGAAAGCGAGCCGCGUCCUGGUCGAGGCGUGGACCAACUCGGGCGCCAUUACGGAGUCGGAAAGACCCAGAAUUUUACAAACCCUCCUCAGACCCCAUGUCCAUCUUUAUGAGACGAAUUCCUCCCUCAUGACCAUGUUCAAGAAGCAGAAGACCCCUCCACCCACCCCAACACCCACCCCGGCGCAACACACCCCUGCACAACCCACCAGUAAUGGGCAUCAGAAAACUCUCCAUCCCCCCGACCUUAAACGGAGAGGAAGCAUGUUAUCCGUCGUUUAUCAACCACAGACAAAAGACGACAAACAGAAAAACAAGCAAUUUUUGCGAAAAAUACCAAAAAAUUCAGAGUGUGCAAAUAUCAUGGUGGGCACGGUACCAGUCUUGCUCAAACCUGUUGCUGCUUUUGUAAGACUGAAGGAACCCUCCGUGCUCGGGAACUUUACAGAAGUUCCCCUUCCGACGAGAUUCAUUUUCGUGCUUUUGGUCCCACCCGGCACAAAAUACAUCGAGAUUGGACGAGCAAUGGGGACUCUCCUGACAGAUCCUGGCUUCAAAGAAAUGGCGUAUUGUGCUUCCAGCAAGGAAAGACUUUUGAAGGGGAUCGACAACUUUUUGAACACGACCUCCAUCCUCCCACCCGCCGUUUGGGAUGCCUCGAUUCGACUCGAACCACACGUUCAGGAAACCGGUGGUCACGGCGGAGGCAGUGAGGAUGGCGACGGUGAAGGAGGUGACGACGGGGGACUGAACAGAACUGGCAGACUGUUCGGUGGGCUGUUCAACGAUCUUAAACGAAAAAUCCCUUGGUACCCGUCCGACUUUAGGGAUGCGAUUUCUCUUCAAGUUCUGGCCACGUGGAUGUUUUUAUAUUUUGCUUGUCUAACUCCCAUGAUCACAUUUGGUGGUUUAAUGGGCGAAGCGACGCAUAAUGCGAUGGGCACAAUGGAGACGAUGGUGGCAGGAUGUGUUUGUGGUAUCGGAUUCGCUCUGUUUAGUGGGCAACCUUUGAUCAUUUUGGGGUCGACGGGGCCUGUUCUUGUAUUCGAGAAAAUCCUUGUCAAUUUUGCAGAGAGUAACGAGUUGGAUUAUCUCGAAUUUCGACUCUGGGUUGGAGUGUGGAUCGCAGCAAUUUUAAUGAUACUCGUCGCAACGGACGCCAGCUCCCUGGUCCGAUAUAUAACCCGCUUCACGGAGGAUAACUUUGCCACAUUGAUCGCCUGCAUUUUUAUGUUUGAGGCAAUCAAGAACGUCAUAUCGAUCAAGGACGAAGAGGUCACUAUCGACGAUAUUGACUUAAAUUCGGGUCAGUUUUCAGACGUAGAACAAGUGGAUAUGAAUGAAACGCUGCACAAAGUUUUCAACCGGUUGGAAAACGAGACGGAGAAAUCUGUCUUUCUCAUGUCUCUCCUCCUCUUCUUUGGUACUUUCUUUGUAUCCUUUAUGCUCAAAGAAUUCCGCAUCUCUCCAUUUUUCCCGACUUGGCUGCGUUAUCUGAUUUCCGACUUUGCCGUCAUCUUGGCCAUUGCAGUCAUGACCUUGGUGGACAUCUUGGCUGAUGUGCCCACCCCAAAACUGGAAGUUCCAGAAACAUUUGCCCCCACUUCGGACGCGAGGGGCUGGUUUAUUUCGCCAAUUAACACUAAUCCCAUGUGGUCAAUCUUCGCAGCAGCAAUUCCCGCAUUGUUGGCGACAAUUCUAAUUUUCAUGGAUCAGCAGAUUACCGCCGUAAUUAUCAACAGGAAAGAUCACAAGUUGCAGAAAGGAUGCGGCUACCAUUUGGACUUGUUCGUUUUAGCGAUCCUAAUAGUGAUCGGUUCAUUCUUCGGCCUUCCUUGGUUCGUCGCAGCCACCGUGGAAAGUUUGACGAAUGUGGGCUCCCUGAAAAUGGAAUCGGAAACAGCCGCUCCGGGAGAAAAACCAAAAUUUCUCGGAGUUCGAGAACAACGCGUCUCCAAUCUGUUGGUCUUUACGACUGUGGGAUUGUCCGUGCUGCUCACUUCCGUCCUGAAAAAUGUUCCCAUGCCUGUUCUGUACGGGGUUUUUCUUUAUAUGGGAUUCUCCGCUCUGAUGAGGAUGGACCUCUUCCACAGAAUCCUGCUCCUCUUCAUGCCCCUCAAAUAUCAGCCAGAUCACGACUUUCUGAGAAAAGUGCCCCUCAAGAAGGUUCACCUCUUCACCAUCAUCCAAGUUUUGUGUCUCGCCAUUUUGUGGACGAUCAAGAGCAUACCAGCCACCGCGAUUGCGUUCCCACUCAUGUUGGUGGUGAUGAUGAUCGUCCGGAAAUUGUUGGAUUAUAUUUUCACCCGGAGUGAGCUCCUCGCCUUGGACGACGCUCUUCCUGGACAGGAAAAGACCAGCGAGGAAAAAAUGGAAGAAUUUAUCAGCAUGGAGAAGAAGCCUUCACAUGUCCCUUCAGUACAAAUUUCGUUAAGUCAAGGAUAAUUAAUUAGGUGAAACGUUACAUACAUACAUAUCUACACACAUAUUCACACAUUUAUAUUUACAUACAAAUCUAUACAUACAUACAUGCUAAUUAUUAUUGUACAUACAUUUGUAAAUACGGUAGGGAAAUAAUAAUACGGGUAGGUUUAGUUUAAGAGGCGUGCCAUUUCAUUCAACCAAAUAAACGAUGUAUAGUUACUAAUACAUAUCUUACAUAAUGACAAUACAAGCAACAAAUUCGUUAAUAAAAUGUUAUUUACUUAAUAAGUA